AUGGAAGCGACACCACCAUGGUUACGCGACGCCCUCCGCUUCGCUCUAACAGCGACAGCAUCGACUGAAGCCCCCUGGUGGGCGCACGACUACGACGCCUUCAACGCUGCCGGCGAAGGCGACCUUGUCGAUCCGGAUGACCCUGGCAAAGACCCGCGGUUCCGCAGACUCGUCGAAGCCAUACUGUUCAGUCGGAGGGUUCUGAACACAUACAGCUUGGUCCUGUUGGGCGUGCUGGUGGUCUUCACUGUGUGGCAUUGGGGCGAGAAGAUCGUGCUGCACCGGCGGAAGAGGCGCAUAGUCAGUACAACCAAGGGGGAUGAUGAGACGGCGCAUGAAGAAGAGGCAGAGGCCUGGAGUAGCUCGAGCAGUACUAUUCAAGGCAAUGCGACGCCCCCCGAUAACGCCGCCGCUAAGAAAAUACACGAUGCCGAUGAAACGAGCCCUCUUCUUCCUUCGCAGCGACCCCGACGCGUGACAAGCAAAACUCUGCCUACCAACGCCGUCUCGCUGCUCGUCCUUGCUUGGGUUGGCCUGAAUAUCUUCUACAACUUCUACCGCAUGCCGCUCUCCUUCGUGUACCUCUUCGUCUUCGCCGACCGCUGCAGAAUCAUCUUCAUCACGAAUCUACCCCUCCUAUACCUCCUCGCUGCGAAGAACCAGCCGAUAAAGUUGCUGACGGGAUAUUCGUAUGAGAGUCUGAACAUCUUCCAUGGGAGAGUAGGAGAGCUCGUAUGUCUAGAAGCUUCCCUGCACUUCCUCGGCAUGGUGGCUGUGUGGUAUGGCAUGUUGAGGCAUCUGGGGUUUACGCUGGCGAGAUUCAUAUUCAACCGCGUUGUGUUACUGAGCUUAGCCGCGCUCAUCGCUUAUGAGUUGAUCUACUUUACAAGCCUGGGAAGCUUCCGGAAGAGGUGGUAUGAGAUCUUCCUGGGCCAUAGAUUUCAUGUAGAGGCAUAG